CGAUGGCGGCGGAGGUAGUGGCCGCGGCGGGUCGGCUAGGCUGUUUGCUCGCCGCGCUCUGCCUGGGCCACGCCGCGGGGGAGGUGGCGCCGGGCCCGCGAGAGCUGGGCUUCUGUCUGGAAGAGGACGGAGCGGCGGGCGCGGGGUGGGCGCGCGGAGGGACGGUGCGGGCCGUGCCGGAGGCCACCUUCCGCUUGCGCUUCUUUGGCCCAGGCUUUGCCAACAGCUCCUGGUCUUGGGUCGCCCCCGAGGGGGUUGGCUGCCCCGAGGGCGGGCAGGCCGCGGCGCCCGCGGAGGCAGUGGCGCCGCCGGGCGAGUGGCACGAGCUGCUGCGCUUGCGCACCGAGGCCGUGCGCCCGCACUCGGCGCUGCUGGCGAUUCGCGUGGAACCGGGCGGCGGGGCUGCCGAAGAGGCGGCGCCGCCGUGGGCGCUGGGCCUGGGGGCGGCCGGGCUGCUGGCGCUGGCGGCGUUGGCGCGGGGCCUGCAGCUGAGCGCUCUGGCGCUGGCGCCGGCUGAGGUGCAGGUGCUGCGCGAGAACGGCUCGGAGGCGGAGCGGGCGGCGGCGCGGCGCCUGGAGCCCGCGCGGCGCUGGGCCGGCUGCGCCCUGGGCGCGUUGCUGCUGCUGGCCAGCCUGGCGCAGGCGGCGCUGGCGGUGCUGCUGUACCGCGCGGCCGGCCAGCGCGUCGUGCCUGCCGUGCUGGGCAGCGCGGGGCUCGUGUUCCUGGUGGGCGAGGUGGUGCCGGCCGCCGUGAGCGGGCGCUGGGCGCUGGCGCUGGCGCCGCGCGCGCUGGGCCUCAGCCGUCUGGCGGUGCUGUUCACCCUGCCCGUGGCGCUGCCCGUGGGGCAGCUGCUGGAGCUGGCGGCGCGGCCUGGGCGGCUGCGGGAGCGCGUGCUGGAGCUGGCGCGCGGCGGCGGCGACCCCUACAGCGACCUCAGCAAGGGCGUGCUGCGCUGCCGGACCGUGGAGGACGUGCUCACGCCGCUCGAAGACUGCUUCAUGCUGGACGCCAGCGCUGUGCUGGACUUUGGCGUCCUGGCCAGCAUCAUGCAGAGCGGCCACACGCGCAUCCCCGUGUACGAGGAGGAGCGCUCCAACAUCGUGGACAUGCUUUACCUCAAGGACUUGGCCUUCGUGGACCCCGAAGACUGCACCCCUCUCAGCACCAUCACCCGGUUCUACAACCACCCGCUCCACUUUGUCUUCAACGACACCAAGCUGGACGCCGUCCUGGAGGAGUUCAAGCGAGGGAAGUCCCACCUGGCCAUCGUGCAGAGGGUGAACAAUGAGGGUGAGGGUGACCCCUUCUACGAGGUCCUGGGUCUGGUCACCCUGGAGGAUGUCAUCGAAGAGAUCGUCAAGUCCGAGAUCCUGGAUGAGUCUGAAGACUACCGAGAUGCCACGGUGAGGAAGAGGCCUGCUUCUCUGAGUGCCCCUGUCAAGCGGAAGGAGGAAUUCUCCUUGUUCAAGGUGUCUGAUGAUGAAUAUAAAGUAAAAAUCUCACCUCAGCUGCUCUUGGCAACCCAGCGCUUCCUUUCCCGAGAGGUGGAUGUGUUCAGUCCACAGCGCAUCUCUGAGAAGGUCCUCCUGCACCUGCUGAAGCAUCCCAGCGUCAACCAGGAAGUGAGGUUUGACGAGAGCAACCGCCUGGCUGCGCACCAUUUCCUGUACCAGCGCAGCCGGCCGGUGGACUACUUCGUUCUCAUCCUGCAGGGCAGGGUUGAGGUGGAGAUCGGGAAAGAAGGCCUGAAGUUUGAGAAUGGGGCCUUCACCUACUAUGGAGUGUCUGCCCUGACGGUGCCAUCCUCGGUUCACCAGUCCCCAGUGUCCUCACGCCAGCCCAUCAUCCGUCAUGACCUGCAGCCCGAGCCAGCUGACAGCACCCGUUCCUCUACGUAUUGUCCUGACUACACCGUGAGGGCCCUCUCCGAUCUGCAGCUCAUUAAGGUUACACGGCUGCAGUACCUCAAUGCCCUACUGGCUACCCGAGCCCAGAACCUGCCACAGUCCCCUGAGAGCACCAGCCUCCAGGUCACAGGUAGCCAGACCAGGCUCCUCAGUGAGAAGAGCACCGCAGCAGCAGGGUCCAACCACAGCAGGCCCAGCAUCCCAGUGGAGGAGAGCCCUGGGCGGAACCCAGGAGUUUAGCUGCUUGCCAGGCAGCCCCAGAUCUGGGGAAUGGACGAGCAUGUGGGGAGCUGGAGUGAGCUGAGCAGUAGCUUCAUGCCAGCCUGUCCCUGCCCCUCCAGGCCACGUUUUAGAUGGCCCUUGUAGAUGUGGGCCCUGAGCUUCCUCAGAACCAGACCUCAGUGCCAGGAGCCUUCAGCAGGCCCUGUCCUCCUUUAGGAGAUGGGGGCACAGCCCUCCAGGCCUGUUUCUGGAAGGAUUGAAAGGACUAUCAUCUCUGGCCUCUGAGGCCCAGCCUUCUCCCUUCUCCACUAUGGCCGUGGCAGUGCAGUGUAUUUAUACCUCUUCAGGCCAAGCCAUGAUGUGAGUGGUUAAUUUGCCAACUAUCUGCUGCUGGCAGCACUUUUUGAGCAAACCGAGAGCACCAGUUUUGGCUAGGGGUUCAAAUCUGCGGCCUUGUCCACAGUGUACUUUCUGACUUCCCUGAUGAUGCCGUGUUUCAAAGCGCACACCUUAGCCUUUCCCCUGUGCCAAACCUAGCGGCACGAUUACCCAGGAGCCUGUCCUUCUAGUCCUGCUCCCUCCUGUGGAGGUUGCUUUUCUGAUCCCUUCCAGAGCCCCGAGUAAGCAGGCUGGGCCCCCGUGGCUGCGAGGAGGCCGGGCUGCCACUUCCCACGUGGCCUGCUCUUCUGCUUCUCCUCUGUCUGCCUCGCUUACUUGCUGCUGACAGUACUGUCAGUUUCUGUGUUUUAAGAAGAGGUCACUCAUGGGAGGAAGGGAUCUUUAUGCUGCAUCUAGUCCUUUCUCUGUUGUCUGAUCCCAGGGAAGAGUAACCGCCUGUUACACCCAUGUUAUCCCUCCCACAUAGGCCUCCAUGGAGGUGCAGUGUGGCUGUGAUGUGCGUAGAGAGCAGCCAGGGAGGGAAGGAUUAUUCAUGAACCAGGUGGAUCCUCAUUACCUUUCUUUUAAAAAAACAAAAGUUUUUCUUAUAUCUCUGAAACUUUUCAAGUUAUUUGCUUUUUUUUUCUGUUUCUAGCUGCAGAGUUUUAGAGACGUGGGAAUGAGGUCUUGUCUUUUUCUUCUAGUUUGCCUGUAUUUUCUUUGCACAGUUCUUCAGCUGUGUGGAAAGUGGGCUAUCACAGGGACAUAGGAUCAUACAUUGGGUAGAGAGGGAGGAUUUCUGGAACCUUUCUCAAAGGAAUUUCAGUCUUUGUAAAUGGAACUGAAGGCCAGAAGAAUAGUGGCUUGCUUGGAAAUUGUUCUCAAGGAAUAUGCUCAAAGAGCAAACCCAGGUGGAAAACAUACUUUAAAAUCACCUCUCUUCAGAACAGUGGUUCUUAGCCCAGCCUGCACAUUGGAAUCAACUGGCAAAUGAAAACUGCUGAUAACUUGGGCCCAUAUCCAGGGCUUCUGAUUUAAUCAGUCUGGGCGUCCUGGUUUUAUUUGUGAAAUAUUUUUAGCUUCACAGAAGAGUUCCAUACACCCUUCACCUGCUUCCCCUAAUGUUAACAUUUUACAUAACCUUGCUACAUUUAUCACAACUAAAAGUAACAUUGGUGCAAUACUGUUAACUAAAGUACAGACUUUCUUUGGACAGUAUAAAUCUUUUUCAGCAACAUCCUUUUUCUGUUGCAGGAUCCAAUCCAGGAUACCAAGUUGCACUUAGAGCUGUUGCUUUCUUUUUUUCCUAGCUUUUUAUCUUGAAAUAAUUACAGAUUCAUAGGAAGUUGCAAAGACAGAGGUUCUAUGCCCCCUUCAUCUAGUUUCCUAUAGGGGUUAUAUCUUACAUAGUUAUAAUACAAUAUUGAAACCAAGACCUUGACACCGGUGCAGUGUGGGUGUACAGCUCUACAUCAUUUUGUCCCAUGUGUAGAUGUAACUACCACUGCAGUCAAAAUGCAGAACUGUCCCAUCACCACAAGAAUCUUCCUCAGACUACCCCUUUAGAGCCACCCCCACCCCCACCCCCCACCCUGCAACCACUAAUGUGUUCUUCAUCUCUAUUAUCUUGUCAUUUCAAGAAUGUCGUAUAAAUGGAAUCAUACAGUAUAUAACCAUUGGGGUUGGAGUUUUUCACUCAGUGUAGUUCUCUGGAGGUUCAUCCAGGUCGCGUGUGUCAACAGUUCCUUUUCACUGCUGAGUGGUAUUCCAUGGCUUACCCAUUGUCCUGUUGAAGGGCAUCUGGGUUUCUGGUUUUUGGCUAUUCCAAAUAAAG